GUGUGCGUAAUUCUUAGUUCAUGUACUCGAUGAAUUGAUCAUAUGGAUAUGCAUGCAAGACUAAAGAGCAUAUUUUAACUUUUCAUCCUCCUGCACUUCAUCUCCGGCUCGCGUGCGAGUUGCUGAUUGGUAUCAGUAGAAAGAUCUGAUGAUGUCACCUGGCAGAUCAGCCGCGUGAGUAUUACCGAUGACACCUCUGCGGGCUCUCACGAUCUCCGCUCGGUUGCAGCGGAGUUCUUUGGACCUAGUGCUGACUCGAUCGCUUGUUCAAGUUGGCGCACUCUUGAGUGUCAAGGAGGUUUAGUUCGAGUCAAUCGAUUGCUCACGGAGGGCAAACAAUCGUUACUGCGUAGCACACAGACCCGCAGUAGUGACUGUCACAGAGUAUCUCAGCACGCGAACUACUUUACGUCGCGCAUCCAUGGUGCGCAAAAUAUUCAAUAAUUUACAGAGUCUCCUGAGCUCUCCCAAGAAAACAUUUGCCAAAAUACUUGACUGGACUAGUGGUGUGCGUUGACCUAUCAAUGACCCCGCGACUCUGUUACAGAGGGAACGCAUUUCGCUGCGCAUGGCUGGCGUUACUGCCCCGCUCUUUCAAAUAAUGGUUCUCUGCAUUCGGGUCCAUGUUCAUCGCCGUUGCUGCGCCCCGUGUGCCGAUGAGAGGGUGCGUAUCUGACUCCAUUCCGACGUAAUCGUACGCAAACUCGCCCAUGUCGGACUCGUCGAUGCCGAGGACCUCCGUUUCUUCGGAGACGCGCAGUCGCAGGCCUGGUAUGUAGUGCAUCACCCACAGGAUCGCCGUCUGGAGUGUCGUUAGCUAUAUGUGCCAAGCAGCCGGGCAGCGGAGGAGGUGCUUACCGUCAUGACGAAGGAGUAUCCCAAACCGGCUGCAGAGUCGGCGACGUGCCAUGCGAGCUGGACAUAGUGCCUGUCGAGCCAUCCACCGGGAAUGUCCGUGAACCCGUCGUAAUGCGCCACGCUCUUCUGCGCAAAGAACGCCGUGAGGAUGUUUCCCACGACACCGCCAACAGCGUGCGAGGCGAACACAUCGAGCGAGUCGUCGUAUCCAGCGAAGAACUUGAUCUGGGUCGCAAAGUUGCAUAGUGUGCCGGCCAUGAAGCCAAACAGAACAGAGGCCGCUGCAGGCAGUGAGCAUUGGGACGGCGCCCUAGUGACUCGAUCACUCACGAGAGCCAACGAAGCCAGAGCCGGGCGUGAUGGCCACCAAGCCGGCAAUAGCACCGGAGCAGAAACCGACCGCAGACCACUUCUUCUCGAUACGGUAGUCCCAGGCCAUCCACGUCAAUCCGCCGACACUGGCUGCCAAGUUGGUCACAAUACACGCACUGGCCGCGCGCAGAUUCGCCGACAACGCGCUGCCCCCGUUGAACCCAAACCAGCCAAACCACAGGAAGAUCGUGCCGAGGAUGACAUAGGUCGUGUUGUGGGGCUUGUACGCUAGCGCCUCGGUGCCGUAGCCCCGACGCUUGCCGAGGUAGACCGAGAUCGCGAGGGCGGCCGUUCCGGAGGAUAUGUGCACUGGGGUGCCGCCGGCAAAGUCGUACGAUCCAUGCUUGAAUGACCAGCCGUUGGAGUUCCAUGUCCAGCAUGCGAUGGGAUCGUAGACGAGCGUGGCCCAUGCGAAAACGAAAAAGAGGAGUGGGCCCAGGUGAGCUCGUUCGGCGAAGCCGCCCACGGCGAGCAUUGGUCUGGGGGGUGUUACAUGACUCGAACGUGGGCAGCGAAAGAAUCCACAUACGUAAUUGCAGCAAACAUGAGCUGGUACACACAGAAAACGAUCGAGGGUAUCUUGGUGCUGCCGAUCGAGGGCUUUUCGAGCACAUCCCGCAGCGCAAAGUGUUCUGCACCGGUCAGCCAGAGUGCCGAAAACGACGGACGCGGGGGCGGACUCACUCAAGUCUCCGAUGAACAUAUUCGCGCCCUCACUGAACGUGAGCGAGAAUCCCCAGAGCCACCACUGGAACGAGACGACCGCGAUCGUCAUCAUGCUGAGAUAGAUCAUCGACAGCGCGUUCUUGCGUCUGCGGCAAGCCUGCAUCAGACGCGACCGCUGAAACGUGCGCUAAAGACGCACCGCAGGAGACCCGAAUAGAAAAACCCGACACCCGGUACCAUGAUCCACACGAGCGCAGUAGAGGCAAGCACCCAUGCGAUGUCCCCCAUGUUGUAAACGAAUGUCGUGUUCGCAUCUUGGGCGUAAACCAGGUCCCCUGCUGCAGACGCGAAAGCCACCAGGUGUGAGCGGGUGCCAGUCGAUACGCAUACUACUACUGCUGCUACUACUACUCACACGCAUCGUAAGAGAUGUUGGCCGCCAUUGUCAAGGGGGGAUGGACGAAGAGAAGAUGGGGGGAAGAAAGGAUGUGAGACGUGCGGGAGGUCGAUCUUGUAGCAUCGCGUCCUGCUGCUUAACAGGGCCGCGGAAAGAUACCCGAACAAGCAAGGGAGCUUUCACACCCAUCAGUAGAUGUCACGGUUCGAGAUCCUUCGCGAACGCCGGACUGGUGCGCUGCCGCUGCGGAGGCUCCCUCGCGUUGUCCCAUGGCCUAAGCAAGCGUCAGUUAGCAUGUUCGCCUAGCGCGCGUUUCCACUAAUAAGCUCGGGCUGUAUUGGAGGACACGUACGCAGCAUGAGGUGUGUAGGACUUCAAUCAGCCUGGGAACUUGAUGGUUCGAGAAGAGUGUGCGCUGCUCGUCAAAGAUGGGACUCGCGAGAUGUCAUAUGGCCCAUGGAUCGGAAUGUUGGGCAUCCAGGUGUAUGCCAGUAUGACCCUGUCACCUCGACUUCAAGAGCGACUGGAGCUAGAACGUGAUACCGAUGAGCACUGUGCAUUGGAUCUGACACAGUAGUCUGGUUCAUCGUCAUGAGCAGGCAUGUGGAUGAUGCAAGUUUUGUGCAGGUUUGAGACUUGAAUAGAAAGAAACUCGGAUCAGAAAAAAAAUGAUGCGGUGCGCGUCAGCGACAGUGGUUUCCUCCAUCCCCAUCCUUUCAUUCGAAUUAGAUCCAGAGCGACGAGCGGGCACUGCUCUACCGUGAGCUUUUCUGGGAACCUCAAGUCGCCAACUUGUGGCGUAUCGUCAAGUGACGCGUCAAGGUGGCAUUUCACGGCGCGCAAUCAUUGGCCCUGGCCCGUUCUGGGGCAGUACCUGUGUAUGACACCGCUCGCCCCUUCCAACCCUCCCUUCGUCCGUGCGCUUCUAUACCGCAGCUGCUUUGGGAAGUGCUAUCGCUCGACGGACGCAUCAUGUGCCAUGAGAUCGUUCACACGCCGUGGGAUCGCUAACAGGGACGGUCGGUCAACUGCCCGUCAACGCACAUAAGACCCGUACCGCGCUCGCUACGUAUUUGCCGAGUUUGGAUCUCGCCCGUGAAGCUGCUGCUAUUCAUUGCCGUGGAACGACUACGAGCGUCGCUGGGGCACCGAGGAGCCACCCGCUAGCCAAUCCGAGGAUCCGGACUAUCCUGCCUUGCGCGACUGGGGGAUAUGAACAGGAAGCCAACGCCCUUCUACGUCCCUGAAGCCCUCGCCAAACCCUCGAAUACGUCCCAUCUGCGCUAAGCCGGGCCUAUCUGCGCAGUUCUGGCCGCUGAUAUCACGGCCUGGUCCACGCCUCCGUCUAUUCUACGUACGGAAAUCGUUGAGACGUUCCUCCGAUGCGUCAAAUAAGCUGCUGUGUGGAUGGACAGCAGAAGACCCGGCGUACAGGCGUUGCUGCAUCUAUCAUGGACCGUGAUGGUGGCCCGGCGUCCAAGUCAGUUGUCGGUGUCCUGUCUCGUCGGAUAUCUGCAUACAUAGAGUCUUGAGCUGCUGCAAGUCAAGGGCAGAUAGCCAUCGGCUUCUUUUCCAGCAGCCUGAGCCUGAGCCAAAGUCGGCCACAGCGUUGCUAAAAAAGCGAUGCCAAUCUGGCUCCAGCCUUACGCAACGCAACGCAAGUCAAGCCACCGCCAUGGAUCGGCAAGGCCUGGCAAGACGUACUGCAGUGACUGACAUGAGCACUGGAGAUAGGCACCGGAUCAGGCCGUCUGGCUGUUUCGUACUCUUGUUCUCUCUUUAGCAUAUCUCCCGGCACUUCGCAGAGUCCGAUAGAAUAUGCACACCCUUCGCAGAAAUGACAGUGCGAAUGUUUUCGUCAGCGUGAAUUGUCACGGCGGGCGGCCUCCGGCUAGACACGCAGGCAAAGGGCAAAGCAGGGCGUCGGUUCUGCUGUCGGUUCUUAGUUGCAGAAGCCACAAUCUAUCGAGAAUUGUUAAAUGCAUAAAGUUUGCUGAUGCCUGACAUAUUCGACAUCGAGAACAUAGUUGGAAGGGCGCCGUCUGAUGCUUCUACGAGCGUCUUGACUUGAUCGGCGCACAGCUCAGCCACAUGCUGGAAGUUCUGGUGCUAGUUAUCGCUCGUCGACUUUCUGGGCGACAAGCCAUGGGGCCGCUGUCGGAAGCGAGUCGGAUCGCAGGCCCAUGCCCUGUGGGAAAGGGAAUGGGACUGGAUCUUGCACCUGUCGGAUAUAAUCCUCGCGCGUCGCACUUCGCCAUAGAGUCCUCUGUUCUCCCCCUCCCGCAACACGUCGUCCAGCAUCACACACCCUCGCGUCGCGUGUGUGCGUAGCUGCUGUUACACAGCGGGAAGGCUAUAAUGUCAAGUAGAGCUGCCUCAGGGCGUAAAAGGCUGCGACCGCCACAGAUAGCUGCCCAGCCGUCCUUGGCACCACUUCUCGAGACGGCCGUAGACUCGUCUGAAGCGCACCCCGACGAGCUCGCGAGCUCAGCUCGGCCUGUGCACCCUCCCACGCCUGCCCCAUCGAUACGAAGCCGUUCCAGCUCAUCCCCCGCCCCAUCCUCCUCAUCCUUGUCGUUCCUGAGCAUGCCUGCAAGGACAGGGCCCCUAGGCUUUCUCGUACCCAUGCCUGCACGUGACCAGGUCGCGCAAUGGCUCCCACCGAGUCGACGACCCUCGGGAUACGACGUUCCUGGCGACGUCAUCCCGUACCAUGCGCCGUCUGACGAUUCCCAGCAGAGAGCCCCGAGAGGAAAGAUCCUCCCAUUCCGCGCGACGAACCCAAAUCGUGACUCGACACCGGUCCCGUCUUAUCAUGAGCACUUUGCAUCGACGAGUUCGGUGACCCAGCAGUCUACUUCUGGUGCACGCCCACGGGCACUGCCACCGUAUCCGAAUGCACCUGCUGUUCAGACCGGAUGGGCUGCGCUAUCUGAUUCCAAAACUGCUGAAGCGCUCUCAGAUCCUCCCAACUACUCCGAGCGAGCGAGGCAGUCGUCGACGGACACCGCAUACCCUUAUCCAUACCCAGCCUCAUCGUCGUCGCUUUCCCUCCAGACUAGUGAACCCUCCUGGUCCAACGCUAGAUUCGCUCACCCUGCCGAAAUGCCUCAACCGCCGUACUAUUCUCCUCCUCCACAUUCUUCGACUCUGCUCCUCCCAUCUCGUUUCCACCAGGUGCCUGGGGCACUGCCACUGGACCCAAACCAUACACCGCCGCCCAGAAUGGUGGCGGCGGACUAUUCGCUUGAUCCAGCCAACCAGUAUCCGACCCCGCAGUCCAGUUCGUUCUCCUCCCCGUCUACCUCAUUUGCAGUCCUCCCCCAGUCUUCCUUUCCUCAACAUGUCUCCCAGUCAUCCGGCGCAAUCACAUAUGAAGCCCGAGGGGAUCCGGCGAUGCAUUCGCGGCAGUCGAUUUCCUCCUCCGGUUCCUCUUCAGGAAACUCGGAUCCCCCAGCGGCAGUUGCGUCCAGCAGCAGCAGCCGAGUUGCCACUUCAGCGCCAGCCUUCGUCUUCCCAUCUUCAAGGUCCCGCAUGAGGCCCAGCACUACAUCGAGUCCCGGCAUUUCGGGCUUCCGAUUUCGUGGGCGCAGGAAAAGUGCCAAGGUCGCUCCUGUAGAGAUCGCGGCGGUGCCCGAAACACCGCUGCCGCCGCAACCAGUGUCUCCGACGGCAGCGGCAAGCGUCCGAAGCGCCCCCACGCCCCAGGCGUCGGGACGCAUGGUCUCGCCGACCGCUGCGUCAAGCCAGAGCGCGGAGCCGUUCUACUUCCCCGGCGCGCGGACACGCGCGCACCCCAAGUCUUCGACGCCGAUACGGUUCCGGAGGAGGAAGGACGGGAAUGGCGAGCGGCCUGGGCUGCUGGGAAUAGAGCUGAGCCGCAAGAAGAGCUCGGUGGUGCCUAGUCUGCCGUCACCCGAAUCACUGGACCGCGAAGUUACUACGCCGAUCCCCAGCGUUCGUCGGCCGUCCCUGGGGGAGACGCACGGCAGUCCUGAGUCGAUGAUGCCGAUUAUGACCAGGAUCGGCUCGUAUCCGCUAGAUUCCUACGACGCCGCCCUGAUUGAGGCGGACCGCCAAACAUUCGAACUUUUGCGAAAGAUCAACAGCACCAAUACUCCUUCCUUCCACAACUACGGCGACCAGCCGCCAAUGCAGGUGCUCGAUCUUGGAUGCGGCGCGGGCCAUUGGAUGCUCGAUGCGGCCGCCGCCUGGCGAUCAGCGGGGACGCAAAUUGUCGGCUUUGACAUGACCGAUACGACCAAAGCUUUGUGGCCUCUUGCACAACGGCAGGGACUGACGAGCAACAUGAGAUUCGUGAAGGGGAACUUCAUCAAGCAAGCCCUCCCUUUCCCCGACGGGACGUUCCAGCUCGUCCGGAUGGCUAAUCUGGCGCUGUGUAUCCCGCACGAGCGAUGGGACUUCGUGCUGAACCAAGUCUGGCGGGUGCUGAGUGUUGGGGGACGACUCGAGUUCAUCGACGACCAGAUGUUCUUUCCAUACGGAAAACCUGCAGUGCUCGAUGCGCCACAGCUCGACACGAGCAUCCCGUCCACCGCGUUCUCGCGUCUCAGCCUGGCCGACGUCGUGGCUGGCGGCGAUGGCGACAGCGAGAUCUACAACGUCGAGGAGGAGCAGGAGGAGGAGACGAGCACCCCCACCGAGUCACACGUGGACCCCGAGGUCUGGCACGAGCAAGCGGCCAGCGCGCGCGAGCUCGAAAGCCUGUUCGAGAGCAUGAUGAACCUCAAAUACGGGAUCCACCUGCGGCCGAACGAGUUCGUCUUUGAGAUGCUGGUGCGCGCGUUCGGUGGCGUGAAAGAGAUCACGGCGAUGCACUUGACGCUGGCGCCGCCGGAACAGCAGCUGCCGACAGAUGACGACCCACUGGCGACUUCGCCCGGGUUGAUCCUCUGGCCAUCGACGUUCAUCCCGAUGCCCCAGCCUGAGCUGGAGAGCCAUGUGUCGAAGCACCAGCGCGUACUGCUCUCGUGCAAGACCGCCCUGACAGAAUAUGCGGCUGAGAUCGCGGAGAUAGGCGAAGGCCAAACGCAAAGCGAUGCCGCGCAAGAGGCGCUGUGGGAUUAUCAAAAUUUCCUUCGCGAGCGAUUCAAUCCGCCGCCAGAGGGCCCGUCCUCCGACACGUCGUCCUCCGACGCCAACAGCAUCCAUGACUCCGUCUUCUCGCUGAGCUCCGUGGCCAGCGAGGCGCUCGACGCGAUGCGCGAGUACCAAAGCGACCUCUACUCGCGCUACUCGCAGGCGCGCUCGCCGACGCCCACGCAGCGCAUGAGCGUGCUGAGCAGCGCCAGUACCGUCAUGGAGCGCCCCAUCAUGGGAACGGGAGGCAGACGCGCGUCGCGGGUGCAGGGCCGCGACCGCCUGGGCUCUGUCGUGUCGAGCAUCGCCCCGCCGUAUUCGCGCACGGAGCUCACGCACGUGCGCACAUUCUAUGUGUAUGAAGCCACGAAGCGGUCAGGCGGCCGCUUUGGGAGGAUGUAGCAGAUUUUUGUUGUAAUAUGGUUGUUGUAAUUGUAGCUGAAGCUUCGAGUAAUGCAGUGACGCUUGUCGGAAGAGCAAGAAAGUGAAUCGCCGUGGACAACAAAUAAAUGAUGCCAUCAACAGUUUGUUUCGCACAAGUAGGAGACACGACCAAGGAGUAUCGAACGCUUUUCGAGCAAACUCGCCCACCAGAAAUCAUCACAGACAGUCAACCGAGAAAUACUCAAACUGUGCAACCGUCCCCUCCUUGUUCUUCGGCCCGCAAACCAUCACGCCGACGCGCCACUUGUCUCCCACACUCGCCUUGCUUCUGCCCUGGGCAUCGAGAUUGAAUCCGCGGAUCUCUCUGAAUUUGGUCAGGUGCGACGCAGCGGGCGGGCUUGGCGAGGCGCCCGUCGGCGAGAGAUACUGGCUGAGCGUGACCAGGGGCCCCUCCCGCACCAUCUUGAUGUACACCGCGUACGGCGAGUCCCCGGAUGUCGACGUAGAGUGUGCGGCGGGCGCGAUGGCCCAGUCGGAGAACGGCGACGUCACGACGGCACUUGUGAAGCAUCAGCCGCGGAUUCUCCAGCGUGAAUGAGAGCAGUGGGGCAUGCGCACCCAAUGAACUCGUGCCCGUCCUCGACCUCGACCCCCGCCUUGAUCCAGUCGCCCUGGACGUCGUCGGAGCUGCCCGCGAGGAGCAUCAGGCAGCCCUGGUCGAACUGGCCGUCCCACGCGCCGCGGAUCCAGACGCCAGCGGCGAAGUCUUUCUGCGCGUCGACGGGCGUCGCGAAGAACGCACCCGUGCGGCUGUCGAUCUCGGGCGCGGCCGAGGUUGGGGGGACGCGCCACCAGUCUGUUUCGGGCUGCGCGCGCAGCUGCAGCUUGGUGCCUGAGCCGGAGACGCGGUGGGCGGAUGCGGCGGGGCGGAUUUCGAAAGACGGGUCGGAGAAUGAGGAGACCAUGUUUCGUGUGUGAGAGUGUCGUGUCGUAUCUGGC